AUGUCGGUCAAUAUAACCUCCGUAAAAACAUCCUCCGAUGGAAUUUGGCAAGGUGAUAAUCCCCUAGAUUUUGCAUUUCCUUUGUUGAUUGUCCAAACCACUUUGGUUUUCGUUGUCAGUCGCUUCCUUGCCUUCCUUCUCAAACCCCUCCGGCAACCCAAAGUCAUUGCAGAGAUUCUGGGUGGAAUUCUUAUGGGGCCAUCAGCUUUUGGAAGAAACCAAGAAUACAUGCACCGAAUAUUUCCAAAAUGGAGCACACCAAUCCUCGAAUCAGUUGCAAGCAUUGGUCUCCUCUUCUUCCUCUUCCUAGUAGGUCUUGAGCUGGAUCUCAGCUCAAUCCGCCGGAGUGGCCGAAGUGCUUUAGGCAUAGCGGUAGCCGGAAUUUCUCUCCCCUUCAUCCUAGGCAAUAUCAUCGCCUUCGUCCUCCGAAAAGCCAUCGACGGAGCGGAUAAAGUCGGCUAUGUCCAAUACAUAGUCUUCAUGGGGGCUGCUUUAUCCAUCACAGCCUUCCCAGUUCUUGCGCGCAUUCUAGCCGAACUUAAAUUAUUGACCACUCGUGUGGGUGAGACCGCCAUGGCCGCCGCCGCUUUCAACGACCUCGCCGCCUGGAUCUUGCUCGCCCUCGUCAUCGCCUUAACCGGAAACGGCUCAGGUGGGACCCACAAGAGCCCAUUGAUAGCUAUAUGGGUUUUACUCUCAGGUGUUGCGUUUGUUGCUUUCAUGAUGGUUUUCAUCAGGCCAGCCAUGAAGUGGGUGGCUCGUCAAUGCUCGCCGGAGCACGAUACCAUCAACGAAGCCUAUAUAUGCUUAACCCUCGUUGGAGUAAUGGUGUCCGGGUUAUUAACUGACCUUAUUGGAAUCCAUGCAAUCUUUGGUGCGUUUGUUUUCGGAUUAACGAUACCUAAAGGCGGUGAAUUUGCUCAGAGAUUGAUAGAGAGGAUUGAGGACUUUGUGACUGGUCUGUUGCUUCCAUUGUACUUUGCUUCAAGUGGGUUGAAAACGAAUAUAUCUAAAAUAAACGGAGUGGAGGCGUGGGGGUUGCUGGUGCUGGUUAUCACGGCGGCAUGCGGCGGAAAAAUUAUCGGGACGUUUGUGGUGGCGAUGUUGUGUAGGAUACCGGUGAGAGAAUCCUUGGCGCUUGGUGUGCUGAUGAAUACUAAAGGACUGGUAGAGCUCGUUGUUCUCAACAUUGGAAAAGAGAAGAAGGUCCUUAAUGACGAAGUGUUUGCAAUAUUAGUCCUCAUGGCACUCUUCACCACUUUCAUGACAACUCCAACAGUGCUGGCUAUCUACAAACCAGCUCGCCACAACAUCUCCUCCUCCUCCUCCUCCUCCAGCAGUAGUCAUCGUCGGCUACAACCUGCCUCUGAAAGCGUCAAGGACGAGCUCCGAAUCCUCGCCUGCGUCCACGGUCUCGGAAACAUCCCUUCCCUCAUCAACCUCAUUGAGUCGACUCGGUCCGUUAACAAGUCCCGCCUCAAACUCUAUAUCAUGCACCUUGUCGAGCUCACCGAACGAUCCUCCUCCAUUGUUCUGGUCCAACGUCUCCAAAAGAACGGUUUUCCGUUCAUUAAGCGGUUCCGGAGAGGCGAGUUACAUGACCGAGUCGUCGUGGCGUUCCAAGCAUACGGCCAAGUCGGCCGAGUCAGUGUUCGAACCACAACUGCCAUAUCAGCAUUGCCAACGAUGCAUGAGGAUAUAUGCCACGUGGCGGAAGAUAAGAGCGUUGCUUUGAUUAUAUUGCCGUUUCACAAGCAGUGGAAAAAAACUAACGGUGAUGAUGAAGUGGUCAAUCUGGGCCAUAGCUGGAGAGAAGUUAAUCAGAGGGUGCUAAAGGAUGCACCUUGUUCGGUGGCAUUGCUUGUGGACCGUGGAUUUGGUGGUGGGUUCCAGAAAACUCCAGGGCCCACUGCCAACGUGGCACAAAGGGUCUGUGUUAUUUUCUUCGGUGGGCCCGACGACAGGGAGGCUUUGGAGUUAGGUGGGAGGAUGGCUGAACAUCCCGCCGUUCAAGUGACGGUUAUAAGGUUCAUUGAGAAAGAAGGAAUUGAGAUUAACGGAGUCAUAUUACGGCCAUCACCGAAUAAAUGUGGAGAAGAGAGCUGUAGCUGCUCAACUUCUCUCAUGAAUCGGGAAAGGAAAAGGCAAUCCCUCUAUCUCUCUCUCAUGGAUGGCGGACUACAUAGACAAGGGGGGAAGCAACAUUGUCGAGGGGUGUUGGCAAUAGGCAGAAGCGGAGACUACGACCUCAUAAUAGUUGGAAAAGGCCGGCGUCCCUCAAUCAUGGUGGCAGAUCUGGUCGAUCGCCCAGCCGAGCAUGCCGAGCUAGGGCCUAUAGGAGAUGUCUUGGCCUCAUCAGGUCAGGGCAUUGUGUCUUCUGUGCUUGUGGUUCAACAACAUGAUAUGGUGUCAUGCAGAGGAGAUCCCACUGACCAAGAUUGUCCAUAG